AUGCAAGCUUGGGUGCUGAGCUCCUCCCGGUGUGCCGCUGCUGCCGGAAGCGGCUUCCUUUUCGGGGCCAGCAGGGCGGCGCCCAAAGCGUGCAGGAGGAUCAUGAUCAGCCGAUGCCUGUCGCAAUCUGCUUCGUUGCAAGGGCUGACGGAGGCCUGCAGAGCCCCCGCAACAAAGGUCGGCAGCACCAUCCUUCCCGCCGCUGUCCUUGCCGCCGCUGUUGCUGCCACUGGCGCGGCGCAGGGCAUUGGUGCGGCCAUCGCGCUGGGCAUGGCGGGCUGCGGAGCAGAUAUAAUUCUAGCAGAUUUCGCCAACGAGGCCCAGAUGACGGCUGUGGGCGACCAGAUCCGCGAGAUGGGGCGCAAGGCAGUCGAGGUGAAGUGCGAUGUGCGACGUCGUUCCCUGGUGGAUGCCGCGGUGGCAGACGCGGUGGACAAGCUGGGGGUUGGUCCCGACAUUCUUGUGGCCAGUGCAGGCAUCAUCGGCCGGCUGGAAGCUGCUCAUGCGGUUUCCCACGACGGAUGGACGGAAGUGAUGGCCACAAACUUGGAGGGCGCUUACAACAGUGCACAAGCAGUUCACCCACACAUGAAGCAGGCCGGGAGGGGGAAGAUUGUGCUCAUUUCCUCCAUUGCCGGCAUCCGGGGAGCCGGCACCCAGGUGGCCUACGCCUGCUCCAAGGGCGCCCUGCUGCCGCUGGCAAGGUCGCUGGCAGCAGCCUGGGGCAGAGACAACAUCCAGGUGAAUACGCUUCUGCCUGGCGCCAUCAAUACUCCCUUUCUCAACACUAUGCUGGCCAAUCCCAAGAAGCUGGAGUACAUCCUGGGCCGCAUCCCGCUGGGACGGCUGGGCGUAGCCUCGGACAUGGUGGGUCCUGCGCUGUUCCUGUCCAGCCAUGCCAGCGACUACGUGACAGGGGCAGAGAUCCUGGUGGAUGGCGGCGGCGCCGCACUGCCCAUGCUGGCAGGGCAAGACCCGGAGGCCUACAAGCCUGGAGCUUGA